AUGGCUGAAGGUGGUUCUCCUAAAAUUUAUUCCCAUCGUCCAACAGAAAGGAAUAAAACACCAACUGAAGCAAAAAUUUUCUUUGGUGCUGACAAUACUAUUGCUAAAUCAGAAACAACUAUUACUUCAGAAGGAGACCAUAUUUCUUCAGUAAAUGACUCUACAAGAGAAAGUGAUUUUUCAUCUACUACAGGCAACAAGCUGGCACCUUCAAAAGAAAGACUAAAAUCAGAAGAUGAUGUUGAGACUCAUAUCACCAAAUCAACAACCCAUAUGGAGAAAGAAAUGCCCACUCUGACUGGCACUACAAACCCCGUGGCUGAUGACUCUAUUACUAAAAAUUUCAUUUCAGCAAAAAUUGGUAAUAUUUCAUCACCACUUUCUACUGUUUCUUUAAUAGAUUUUUCCACUAACCUAGCAGAAGAUAGUCUGUUGGAUUCAAUUUGCCCAGGGGAUAAAGAUGUCUCAAUAACUUCUGAAGUCUCUGGUACACUUAAGAAAAGUACCAUGUGCAUUGUUGACACCCCUACACCUUCAGGUAAGAAGGAUGCACCUGAUGUCAUCAAUUCUAACUCCUCAGACAAAUCCAAUGCUGAUGAAGUUGUACAGCUCACUAACUCCUCUGUUCCUGAGGUUGAAAUCUCUUCCUCUGCUGAAAACAUCACCACUAUUCCAGAUAUAACUGCCCUUGCAGAAAAGAAAAUAACUGAAAUUGACCUAAUUCUUUCAGAGGAGGACCCCAAUGCAGUCGCUAAAUUAACUGACUCUGAAGAGGAAAAUUUCAUCACUGUGUUUGAACUCACUACCUCUGCUGAAAGAGACAAAGAUAACCCAGAAGAUAUUCCACUAAUGGAUGAAGAGUCUAUCGAUGAAGUCAAUGUUUGGAUGGAGAGAGAGAGUCCAAAUGAAGCAGAGACUCAUUCCAUUUUGCUUACUGCUGUUGAAUCCAGAUAUGACUUCAUUGUCCCCACAUCAGUAGCUAUGAACCUCGAGGAUGAUCUACCGACUACAACAAUGAAAGAUUUGUCUGAAAAUGAUACAACUGAAUCUGUAACUAAGGUCACUGGGCCAUCUUCUGGAGCUACUACCAUACUAGAUGCACCAAUCCCCAUACUAGAUACUUCGAACCACUUGGAAGACAACUUUACAACUGAAAUGGAUCUCUUUAAACUACUGGGAGAAGAUCCAGAUGGGUUCAUGAUUUGAAAGCAGCAAAAGGGAUACUGUGUAUAAUGCUUUAAUAGCCUAGUCAGUUAGUUUCAACAUCUAAGAAAAGAAG